CGCGCUUCCUGGGGGCGUGGUUACUGUACACCGGCCGGGAGCGCAAGUUGUGUGGGAGGAGCUGGCGAGCGGCAUUAUGGAGAACCACAAAGAUGACUGUCGCCCCAGUCUCCCGGGAGGUUCUGGUACCAUGGACCGAAACCCUUCGCCCCCAUCCAGCGACGAUGAAUCUGCACCCGAGGGUGAUUCUAUAGGUGACACCAUAUACAGCAAGCACUGGUUCUUCAGUACUCUGACCCGGCUGAUUGAGGCAGUUUCGGAGGAUAAAUCACAAGAGGGGCAAGAGGAUGAGGCACCGGGGGAUCUGGAUGAGGAGCUGGAGGAUGAGAUCUGUAAAGUGUGGGACAUGUCUAUGAAUGAGGAGGUGGCGCUGUUCCUGCAGGGGUUUAAUGCACCAGAGAUUUUAUUGGGAGUCAUCGCUAAGUCUAAAUGCAGCCGCCUGACUGAAAUGUGUGUGGGGAUCCUGGGGAACAUGAGUUGCUUCCUGGAGCCGUGUAUGGCCAUCAGCACCCACCAGAGCCUGGGUGAGGUGCUGCUUCUCCUGCUCUCAGACGCAGACCCCCCCACCUUACUGGAGACCAGCAGGUUGUUCCUGACGUGUUUAUCGCAGGCGGAUGUGGCAGGAACGUGGGUUGAGAGGUUCCGGAAGGAUCCAUCUGUCAGGGAGAACCUGUGCUUUAUUAUGAGCAGUUCCACCAAUGUGGAUCUGUUGGUGAAGGUCGGGGAGCUUCUGGACAGACUGUUCGACAUGGACGAAGACUUGAUGUUGGCAUGGAUACGCAGCGACUGUGCCCCCCGGGAAACCUCAGCGGUUACGGAGAAUGAGGACAGAGCGGCGCCAUUGGAGAUGGUUUCCUGCCUGCUGGAGGCCGCAAAGCAGCUCCGAUCCGAGAGCCCCGAAGGGCUGGAAAUUUAUAUGCACGUCCUGCAGCUCCUCACAACCGCCGAUACUGGCAUCCAGGCCAUUGUCCAAUCGCCGGAUGGUGGAGAACAGACGUGGGACUUCCUGUUGGACCUGACCUGCAAUGACCUGUGCCAGCCCAACGACCCCCCACUUAUUGUGCAGGAGCAGAAGGGCAUUCUGUCCUCUGUGCUGGCAGUUAUGUCGGCCAUGUUUGUGUGGCGGGCAGAGCAGGGGCACAAAGUGGAGAAGAGUUUGCCCCUAAUCAGCAGCCUGGCCCAAGUUCUGGAGAACCUGGAGGAGUGCCGGAAGAAGUGCCCGGAGAGUGACGCCCGCGAGGGCCCAGACGCUCGGCAGGACAAUUCCCAUUUACAGAUCCUGAAGGACGUGAGCUGCGAGUUCCUCUCCAACAUCCUAUCAGAGCUCAGCAAGGACAGCGUGUUGCAGGGCAUCAGCCUGGGGCAUAUUACUGAGCGGCGCUGCCAGUGUGCCCUCCGGAACCUUCUGCCCCUCUACAGCACCUCCGUGGGCACUUUCCUGGCUGCCGUGGGUGAAGCUGACCGGAGCUUGGCUGAUAAGCUGCGCAGAGAGACCCCCGUCCGGGCAGAACAGACGUGAGGACAAGAGACACUUCCUCGGGGGUAGAUUUUCCUGCUGUGCCGCCCCCUGGGUAACAGAACUUUAUACCCCUCCACUCGUUCUUGUGCCCCAGCCAGUGGCACAAAGGGUUAAAUGCAAAGCGCUCAGGCCGGGGUAUUAGAGGUCUCUCUGGGCCUGUGUGACCGGAUCUGUAGAACCAGACUGUUCCCCUUCUCCCACCACCCCCUGCUGCAAUAGGGGGGCACUGUGACAGCCAUUCUGUGCGUUUCCAUUGGCUGUGUGUGUUCCUGGGUAUGGGGGAUUAUGGGAUACGGAGAGGAGGGGACUGGCACACGUAUGGUUAAUAGGAUGAGGCUGCUCAUUGGUCGGGAAGAACCGACUUUUUAUUCCCUUGUUGCCAGAAAUGUGAGAGAAUAAAUUAGAUUUUCUAUUUUAUCCCUAAA